CCGGUAGUGAGGGAGGGAGAAACAGAAACGAAAGGCGAGAGAUCGGCCGGCUGCAGGUUUUACAUCGUCUGUCCUCUCAGAAUCGUCUGCUGCUCAACCCUUGUCAUCGCGCGGAAAGGAUACACAAGCCUUUUAACUCUAGGAAACUAUGUCCAUGACAAAUGGCACCUCUGCUGAAGGCAGCAACGGACUCACCUGGCACGUGGGCCUCCUGAACACUCGCUACAAGUACCUGACGGCAGAAACUUUCGGUUGCAAAGUGAAUGCGAACGGGGUCGCCCUCAAAAAGAAGCAGCUCUGGUGCUUGGAGCCGUUCUUGGGCGGAGACGCUGACGAGGAAGCCGUUUGCCUGAAGAGUCAUCUGGGCAAGUACCUGGCUGUGGAUCAGUUCGGGAACGUCACAUGUGAUUCCGAGGAACGGGACACGGGGGCCAAGUUCAAGGUGGUUGUCCAUGAAGAUGGCCGAUGGGCACUCAAGAACGUUGCCAGAGGAUACUUCCUGGGAGCAAGUGACGAUAAGUUGCUUUGUUCUGCCAAGGCACCUGGUGAUUCAGAGUUGUGGACCGUUCAUCUGGCCGCUCGCCCACAGGUAAACCUCCGAUCUAUCGGUCGCCGAAGGUACGCCCGUCUGUCCACAGAGCAGGAUGAAAUUCAAGUGGACGCCAACACGCCAUGGGGCGAAGACGCCCUCUUCACGUUGGAAUUCCGUGACGGCCGGUAUGCAGUACACGCCUGUAACGGAAAAUUCCUCCGCUCUGACGGCAAACUGUCCGAUGCUUGUGACUGCCUUUUCGGGCUGGAAUUCCACGGAGGCCAUUUGGCCCUGAGGGACCCCCAGGGGCGCUACGUGAGCCCCAUCGGCAGCAAGGCCGUCCUCCGCACACGCUCUCAAACAGUCACCAAAGAUGAGCUUUUCGCUCUGGAGGAUUCUGUUCCACAAUCAGCCUUUGCUGGAUUUAAUGGGAAAUAUGUUUCAGUUAAACAAGGUGUGGACGUUACUGCCAAUCAAGAUGAAAUUUCCGAUCAUGAAACAUUCCAACUAGAAUUCAACGAGAAGACGAAAAGCUGGCACAUUCGCACAAUGCAAGAUAAAUAUUGGUCUUUAGACAGCAGUGGUGGCAUACAAGCCAAUGCAUCCAAAGGGCCAUCAAGUGCACAUUUCGUUUUAGAAUGGAUGCCUGAAGGUAGCGUCCUGUUCAAAGCCAAUAACGGAAAGUACGUAGCAGCGAAAAAGAGCGGCCAUCUGUAUGCCAACAGUGAUAAAGUGGAAGACAUGGAGAAAUUUUAUUUUUACUUAAUAAAUCGGCAAACGCUGGUUCUUAAAUGUGAGCAAGGAUUCGUAGGGUACAAGAGUGCUGCUUCGCCAAAACUUGAAUGCAAUAAGGCAACGUAUGAAAGCAUAUUUAUUGAAAGAGGUGAAAAAGGAAUAUGUUAUUUCAAAGGAAAUAAUGGAAAGUAUUGGCACGCAAACUCCGAUGGCACCAUCUCCGUCGAUUCCGAUGUUAGUCAAGGUUUCUAUAUCGAAUUGCGAGAACCAUCGAAGCUCUGCAUCAAGACCACCGACGGGAACUACAUAGUUGCAGAAAAGAAUGGUCUCUUCAAAGUGGGCGGAUCUGCCAGCGAAUCGGCCACAACCUGGGAGUACUAAAGCCAUCGAUUUGAGACUGUUUUGCUCACAUUAAAUGUUCAAUGUCUGUGUAGUGGCGAUUUUUCUUCCUACCCAAAGAUUCUUGCUUCUGUUCGGGACUUGCCCAAAGAAAAAGAAAAGAAUACCUCUUUUGUGAUUUUUUCAAAUAAAACAUAACUGAAUAUGUAUUUCUGUAGGGAAUAUCGAAAAUAAACUGAUGCAUAUAGGGAGUUUUUGAGCAUACAUUUUGUGCAGAAACAGCUUUGUUCUAUUACAGGGGAAAAUUCCGAUUUUUUACCCUUUAGAUGAUUUUAUUUCAAAAAUCUAUAAUAACUUUUAUUCAAUAGCUGAGAAAAAGUAAUAUUUAUAUUAUUUAACGUUGAUUUUUCUCAUAUCUUAGCGAUAAAAAACUAAGUCUCAAGGAAAGUUUGUAUACUUUUUUUUUUAUUUUAAAUCAACGCUGAGCAUUACGUUUUUAUAUUUUGUAAAACAUAAUAACCUAAUGCUAAAUCUAAUUUAUUUUCAUUCAUAAAUAUUCAUUUGUGUUAUCCUGAAAAGUAAUGAGAAUGCAAAUUUCCUGGAUUUGAUCAAUCAGUUUGCGAUUCUUAGUGCUUUAUUUCUUGUAUCAUUAUUGAAAUGCUUUGUUAUAAAAAAGAUUUUAUUUAGCCCUUGUAAUUUGUAUGAAUUAUGUUUGCUUGCUACAAUGCACUGGUGCCAAUCCUUUUGGAUCAACCUAAACAAGUUGAUUUUUUGCAUGUUGUAAUUAGAAAGAAAGAAAAAAUCUUGUUUGUUAUAAAAAUAAGUAACAUAGGAAUUUUUGGGAACAUUUUUUAUUAACAUGAGGCAUUUACUAAACCAUGUUAGAUUUUUAUAUUUGUGUACAUCCUUUUUAAAACUUUUUUUUCAUUUCGUUUGUGAAAACUUAUUUUGAUCUUUUGUAUAUUUUUAUAAUUAUCAGCAGAAAUGUCAGUUUGUACAUGAUUAUAUGAAAGUGAGAUUUUAUACUGUUUUAACCAACACUCAGAUUUGUUCUAGCAAUUUUUUAAAUUUCGGCGCACAUGCCAAAUGUCUUUAAAGGACUGAAAUUACUUCGCAGUGGUGUAAAGAAAUAAAUUCACAUUUUGAUA